CGACAGUACGUCCGGUCGUCCGAUCGGUUUCCAAAUUACUAAUUACAAAAAAAAAGACGAUUGAUAUUCGUAUGCAAGAAAAGUCUCGUUCGAGAACGCAACCCUCCCACCUAUCGUCCGACAAGAGUACAGCUAUCGAUACAUAUAGAAAAUUUGAGACACGUGAAAGCGGCAUGAACGCAAGUCGUUAUUUGGAUUUCAACGUCGCAACACCACAACGUCGCCCACGCCGGUGUACUUACCUGACUAUUUGUUUAGUCUCGUCGUACCUAUAGACUACAUACAGAGUGAGAUCGAACGGUGACUCCAACAGAUAAAGUCUAAGAUUAUUAUGGACAAAAGUAUGCCGUAUUCACCACCACCACCACCACCACCUGGUUUCAUGCCAGGAUCAGGCUACGGUGGCCCACCACUGCCACCAUCACCACCGGGCAAUCACGAAGGACAACCAAAUGUUGUCAUCAUAGGAGCUCCACAAUUUGGUCCAGAAUCGCAACGUCUGACUUGCCCCCAUUGUCAAGCCAGUAUCAGUACACAUGUAGAAAAGGAAUCGAACACGAAAACUCACCUUUUCGCGCUAGUUCUGUGUAUUUUCGGAUUAUGGUGUUGUGCACCCUGCCCUUACUGCGUGGACAGCUGUUUGGUGAAAAAACACUAUUGUCCAAAUUGUAAGGCGUACCUGGGACAAAUGGAUAAUUAAUAAUUAGUUUCACGUUCAAUUCAUUCACAUUCAUUUAUGUAUGUAUAACUGCAUACAUAGUUAUGACAUAGACACUAAGAGAUACAUAAGUACUUUCUUUUUGCGUCGAUCGACUGCAGACUCCAAGAACUCCCAAUAAUUGAUACAUUUUUAAAAUAAUUUUUUCGUACAAUAUACGCACAUAUUCCACGUACAUAUACAUACAUAUAUCAUACAAUACGACAAAUCAAAGAGUUGUCAAGAUACUGUUGAUAUGAACUCUGUAAAUGUUCAAUGCUACAAGCGCGUGUAAGAAACAUACAUUUUGUUUUGUACUUAACCCAGAUAGCACAUGACGCCCAAUGAUGC